GUGAGGCGUUAAAGAGCUAAGACAGACUGACAGUAUGCCCAGCAAACAGGAUAUAAGACAACUCCCCGGCUGGAUUUUAGGAUGGAUGUAUGUCAAUGCCAUCAUUUGCACGUGGGAUGCAAGCUUUAUAAUGUGUCGCCCCCAUUCACUCCCCGGGGGUUCGUAUUCAUGGAUUUGGUAUUUAUAUAAGUACUAUGUCAACAUCGACAAACGAUAUAUGGACACCAGUGACCCAUUUGUGAAAGCCAUCAGCCUGCAAAAUUAUGUUGAAGUUUUCUUGAGCAUAGUGACCAUAAUAUUGCACCACCGGUCGAGCCGCCAUACCCGUAUAAUGGCGUACAAUGUCAAUAUCAUGACGAUGUGGAAAACUGUGACAUAUUUCCUGAUGUUUACGGAAUUUUGCGGAGCACAGCAUUGGAUCGGUUCCGAUUCUACCUUAACUUUAACUUUUCUGUUCUACUUUCCAAACGGAGUAUGGAUAGGAGUUCCUUUAUUAGCUAUGUAUCAACUGUGGCCAUCUUUUGUGCAGAGCAGUGACAGCAACCAAAUGAAAAAAGGAGUUUAGUGAAAUUGUGGAAAUAGUUUAAAAGGUUUACAGGAAUUCAGAACGAUACACACCCAUGACAACAUGAAAGAGAAAUACAAUGUUUGAUAACUGAAGGGUAUAAAAAGGACUUGUAAUAUUUUUAACAUACA